UACCUCGAAAUCAUACAAAAUGGCUGAACUGUAAAGACGUGUAUUAUGAAUUAUAUCACAAUGGAGCCUAAAAACGAUUAUUUCUACCAAGAAGACCAAUCUGCAAGUUAUUUGGAAGUUACAAACUACAUCAACAACGGUGAUAUUGUGUGUAACGGAAAGAAUAGAGUGAUUUUUGACGACUCUGGUCCUAGCAUAUUCCAGGACAUUGAAGAUCUUUUGGACUUUUAUAGACUUGCUCACACGCCUUUCCCGUUUAUUUAUAAGUGUGUUUUAAGUGACUCAAAUAUGUUUGCGUGAGUGCAAAAUGGCUUAGCAUCCUCUACGAACAUUAAUAAAAAAAAUAAUGAUGAAUAAUUUUAUUGGUUUAGAUACGCGCAAUAGGCGCAACCUUAACACAACUUUUCCACCGAUUCACGUUCCUGUCUCCAAUUAUAGCACCAAGACUCAAACAAAGGAAAAUAUGAAUGACACAUACAACACAAUGUUUCUAAACAACCUCAAUUUGAUACCGGAUCCUCUGAAGAAGAACCUAGCUGACUCUGUGAUUACGGACAAAGACAUUAACAUGACAAAAACAAAGGAGUUCAUGCCGAAGGAGGUUGAAAAACCUCCUAGCAGUCAAACAUCAGACUUCUAUCCCAAAUUGAGAAAUAUUAUAUCUGGGGUCAUCAAUGUCAUGGGAGCCAUGUUCCAGUGGCGGGAUUCGUCGCCUGCCUCCCAAUAUUACGAUUGCUUCGAGGGUGACUACGUAGAAAAUAGUGACGAGCCUAUGUCAGGAUCUGUGCCUUGGCAGUCUGCCAACUGUGAUGUUCAAAAUAAGAAUGGUUGGGCUCAGAGUAUAUUUGAUGAUAACAAUGAAACCAAUUGGAAUUCCGAAAUGAUGAGUAAUUGUAGCCCCGCUUUAACGGACGACCAAAUUAACCAGGUAUGCUUGUUGUUAAACGGUGACUCAAAUUAUAUACAAAUACCAAAUUCAAAGUCAAAGCCUUUUGAGUCAGGUUCAGUGGAUGUGUUUGAGGAUGCAUUUUGUCCCGAUCAACUGAGUCUCUCGGGUGAAUCAUAUUUAGAAUAUCAUAGUCCAUAUUGUUACCAGGAGGAAUUGUUCAACUCUUAUGCUUCAAACCUUAAAUCUAAACUGAACACAGAAAUUAUAAACUCAAAAGAAUCCAAAGACAUGACACCUAAACAUAAUAGUGAUGGUGAUAUUCUUUCGGAGUCAGUCGAAGAAAUGCCAAAGCAAGACAAUAUUUUACUUACUAAUACAAUUCCAGAAAUAACAUUGAUACCCAAUAAAUGUGAUAUUGUAAGAAAUCUUGAAAGAGACAAAGGUCUGUCACCAAGAACUUCACCACAACCUAUUAACGAAAUCAUAGAAAAACCUGCUUUAGUCAUAGAACCAUUAUCAUCAUCUGAGCUCAAUGAAGAAUUAACAAAGCCUGAUAUGCCAAGGGAAGAUUCUCCAAAGUCAGACAAAAUUGAAAUCGUUUCCGCCAUAAAGGAGAAUGUUGUUUCAUCCUGUGAGGAUAAAUUGAAAAGAUUAAAGGCUCUCUUGAAGCCCAAAUGCUCCAGAAAAAUAGAAAAUUCAGUCAAUACUGAAAUAAAUAAUACAUCUGAAAAUAUUGUCUGUGAUACUGUUUUCGGUGAUGAAAUAAGUAUCCCGAGUACAGCAUGCUUACGAUUAGCUGAGCCUUUUGAUGAGGUCACGGGGAAAUUUUAUUCAUCUUCAGUUGAAAGUGAUGAUUCAUUUCAAAUUGUUUUUACGGAUGAUGUAAAAGCAAGUAGAUGUAGAAUACCAUCUGAAUGUGAAUCGGAAGAUUCCUUUAUAGUCUUUGAAGAAAGUCCUGACAGCUGCUACAUCUCAGAUGAUGUUUUUGGCAAUGUGCAGAUCAAUCAUUAUUCAGAUUCAGACACAUCAGACAGCGAAUAUGACUCCGGAUGUGAAUCAAGACUGUGCCCGGGCUUCUCGCGGACCGUUGAGGACUUAACAGACUACAAGUUGUAUGAUGAGGUAGAUAGUUCAACCGUAAUUGGUCAACACUACAACCAUAGUGUGACACCAACAUCACAAAAUGAAGACAAGAAAACAAGCAAGGAUGUGCCACGCAAGAAGGUCCACUUUUCAACGGAUCCGCCGAAGGUUCACGUGAUGAGGGUGUGGGCGUACGCGGCGCGGCAGGCGAGGAUCGGUGAGUGGGAGCAGCACGCGAGGGACCGGGAGAGAUUUAAAUCAAGAAUAAACGACGUAGAAAUGGCGAUAUCGUGGGUGCUCAAACCACAGCACAGGAAAUUGGUCAUGUUCCAACGAUUCAUGCCCUGGUGGAAUGCGCAGAAGAGAAAGGAACUGGAGGAGAAGAAACAACGGGAGCUGGAACAGCAAAUGAAACAACAGGAAGAGCAAAAAGUCGAAAGUACAGAAGAACUGAAUAAUAAUGACGAGGAGACAGACAAAGUUCCGGAUAAUAAUACGACAGAACAGCAACUACAGGAAAGGUUGCAAGAAGAAACGCAAAAUAACGAUACGGAAAUAAAAGAAAAAGUAGUAAAUAAUGAAAUAGAAAGUAAAUAUUUAAAUCCUGAAAAAUCUAUACCAGAGGAAGCGCAAGUAGAAGAAAAUAGGAAGCUUGAUAUAAAAGAAAAGAAGGCGCCUGAUAGGGCAAACAGCCAAGAAGCGGAACUUGACAACAAUUUCCAAUUUGGACACGAACUACAGACGAAAAACCCGUGUGAUGACGUCAGUGACGACAGUGCGCCCGCAGCUCCGGCAUCGGAGAGUGACAGAUGACUGCUAACGAGGGCACACACACAACUAUAAUACAGCGAUGCCUUAGUACGAAGAUCACAAUUGAAUGCCAUGUUACGUAGCUCAAAAGUCAAAAGUCCGCCUGUGCUGUAAAUGAUUAAUUUUGUUUUAGAAUCGGUUGAUUAGUUUAAAAAACUAAAACUUUAUAAAAAUAGAAAAAACUUUGUAAUUAAAAAUUGGAAAAGGGUACUCAAAUUAAACUUAUCUGAAUCGUUUUUCAUGUUAAAAUUGAGACAUAAAGUUAAAAAAAAAUCAAAGAAAAUAUGCAUAAAGUAUUUAGGGGAUAAAGGUUUAAAAUGAAUUGAUCAAAGUCAUAUUUUCUCCGUUUAUGUCAGCAAAUGUAGAACUACGACUUUAAUUAAUUUAAAAUCGAAAAAAAAUCAGUAAUAGUUUUAGUGACACAUGCGUGUCUAGCAAUGGUACGCUUUGUUCGCUGAAAUUAUUGCUAA